CCUUAUCAGUGUGAUGAUUUGAUUGACAACCGGGAAGUCAUGGACCACCUGAACAGGAAUGUUCCGGAACGCGGCCGACAGACUCACCAGGUCCUGCAGGGCACUCCGUUAGACCUUAUCGAGACAGGCAAGACGCUCAAAGUCCAAGCAGAGCGCCCUCAUCUGGUGAGUCUGGGGAGUGGUCGUCUGAGUACCGCCAUCACGUUACUACCACUGCCUGAGGGAAAAACCAGUAUAGGUCAUGGAAACACAGACAUCAGUAUCCAGGGGCCAGGUGUUGCUUCCAAACACUGUUACAUUGAGAACAAGGCAGGAGCCAUCAUCCUCCACCCGUGUGGAAACCAGUGCUCCGUGGACGGCCUCCCAGUCACUAAACCAGUGCAGCUUUCACAAGGUUGUAUGCUUUGUUUUGGUCAGUCUUCAUUUUUCCGGUUCAACCACCCAGAGGAGGCCCUUAGGAUGAAGAGCAUGCUGCCAGCAGGAAGUCCCGGCCCCACUGGAGCCUUUAAGGGCCAAUCAGAUGGCCUUCUGAAUGGUAACCACCAGCCGGUUCCCCGUGAGCGAGUCCGGCCCGGACACGGAACCUUGGUCCGCUCUAUCGAAAAGAACCUGCAGGAUAUCAUGGACUCCCUGUCAAUGGACGAUUCUCAAGCGUCCGCGUCUUCCGCACCCCGAAAACUCACCCACAACCCCAUCCCUCAGUCACCCCUGUCCCCCGUGUUAAACGGGGGCGGCGGCAACUACCCCCUUUCCCCGCCCACCAGCCCGGGAGAGAUGUCGGUUGGCUCCAGCUACGAGAACGCCACUCCCCCGUUCUCUCCUCUCUCCUCUCCCUCGGUGUCCAGCAGCCCCUUAGACCCAGUCAAUCCUUCCGGAACUUUCCGUGGAUCGACCGGCCACCACGCGGCCCAGGCCCCGGUGCCGCAACCUCGGACCUUGCUGCCGAGAGUUGGUGGCGGCGGUUCUGGCACCCUGAAGGUUCUGGAAAGUCCAAGGUCGAACAGAAAAGCUUCGGCCGAGAGUUCGACAAGCCCCGCUGCCAACUGCAGGGGCUUCGGCCAAGACCCUCUGCUGAGAGGAACCGCGGAGAGUCCACGUUUGGCCCACGGCUACUCCUCAGGAUCCGUCUCCACGGCGUCUGGAGACGCCGGGCCCGUCGGCAGACACGCCAACCCGAGAGUCGCCCCGAAAUCUGCCGCGGCCUCCUCCUCCUCCCCCGCCUCCUCCAGUCCCAGGUCUAGUGUGGGCUCAUCUCUCCAGGAAACCCCUCCUCCUGAUCUCUCUCACCCUCAAUCUCGCUCUCUCUUUCCCCCCGAGAGCCCGAGAUCUGCCCGACGCGCUCCGGACCUGGGCGUCGGCACCAGCCUGCGUGAGCUACCCCCACCAAGUCCCACCACCAAUCGCAAAGGAGUAAUGGGAGUUCCUGUCCUCCCCGGUGCUCUGCCAGGAGUCGCUUUGACCUCCCGCACCUCCUCCGGGAGAUCUGUACCGGAGAGUCCUCGAACGCAAAGAAGACUAGGAGCCGAGGAGGAGAGGGGCGGUGCCAGGGGGCUACGGGCACGGAGUCCGUCACCCGUGUCUGGCCUCCUGAAGGACCACUCUGGAGGAGGACUCGGUGGGAGGCAGAAAGGAGACGUUGGUGCUAACCUCAGCCCAGCUUUGAGCGCACAGGUCGGAGUUUCUCCCCUGACCAGCCCACGGAGUCAGAGGAAAAGCGGGAGGGAGGGACGGGCGGCGGCCCAGCCUCGAACGCGGGAACGUAAGAACAGCAUCUCGGAGAUCAGCGACAACGAGGACGAGCUGCUGGAGUAUCACCGCUGGCAACGAGAGGAGAGGCUCCGAGAGCAGGAGAUGGAAAGAUUGGAGAGACAGAGACUGGAGACUAUUCUGAGUCUGUGUGCGGAGUAUAAUAAGGGUGAGACCCUGGAGGCGGGGCUAGUGCCUGGAAAGGUUGGUCACUUCCCUGGGAUGGAGGAGGGGCCAAGACAACAACCUUUCCCUGACCCCACGUGCAUGACGGCUCAACGUGGGGGAACACAGAGAGAGAGCGAUGAGGACAACCUGAAAGAGGAGUGUAGCAGCACUGAGAGCCAACACCAAGAGCACGAGGAGUCUGCUGGUGGCAGUAAGCAGGAGCUGGGUUAUCUGGUGGAGGAGCGACUCAGGGUCAUGUCUCGAGUGGAUGAGCUGAAGGCCCGCGUCACUGAACUGGAGCAGCAAAUACAGGAGUCCAGACAAGAGGCUGAGAUGGAGAGAGCGUUACUUCAGGGCGAGAGAAGGGCGGAGCUUGACAGAGUGGAGGCGGAGUUAGAGAUCAUAAAUCAGCUGCAACAAAAACUGACCGAAGUAGAGAAUGCCACACAGAGAGAGAAAGAGAAGGAGAGGGCCAGAGUCUCGGCUGAGCGGGACGUCUUGGCCAGGCUGCGGGACGGGUACACUGAGCUGAAGAGCCAGCUUCAUAAAUGCCCUGAGUCACUGAGGGAACAGUCACAGGAACAGCUGACCAGGAAGGCAGAGGCUCUGGAGGCUGGCGCUAAACGCUUCGAGGAUUUGGAAUUCCGUCAGCUGGAGAGAGAGAGCGCGUUGGAGGAGGAGAAGGAGAUGGCUAGUCGACAGCUGCUGCAGGAGAAGGCAGAGUACCAUCGCAGCGUGGCCAAGAGGAAGGAUAAGAUGGCUGCUUUGGAGAUCCAGGCCAAUCAGCUUGGCCUUCAGGCUGCUCAGGACUGUGAGAGGAUGGCCAAAGAUCGCACGCUUGCCCUACAGAUGCUCCAGAAGGAGCGGGAAAGAUUGUCUGCCUUGGAGAACAGAUACCACAGCCUAACCGGAGGAAAGAGCUUUCCCAAAUCCUCCGACACGAUAAAAGAGGAAGUACUACACAUCAGUGAACUUGACCUCACAGAUGAGGUCCCUUCCCAGCAUUCCCUGUGCCAACUACCUACUUCCUGUCACCAAACCACUCCCUUUCAGACAUAUCCCAGCAGGCCACAGGAGGAAUAUCUCAGACUCUCUGAUGUGUAUAAGAUGUAUGGAGCUGGUUGUGUCCAAACACAGAGCACCUCCCCUGCUCCCCUCUGCCUCCCUCUUCCUGCUCCCGCUGCCUCCAACGCAUCUCGUGAGGAAUACGUGACAGUCAGUCAAUUAAACCAGAUCUACGGGAUGCCCAGAGUUGACCCCUCCCCCACAUCCCCCAGCCAAUCAUUCCAGGUCACUGUGGCUGACUCCGCCCUCUCCAGUCGUACCACACUAUGUGGGUCUUCUCAGUCUCUGUGUAGCGAGAGCCAGUCUGAAUGGGGUAGGCCUCAGCUCCCCAGGCUGGAUUUAGAGCGCUGGUACCAAGAGAUCAUGUCUGCUGGGCAGCCAAGCCAGCCCUGUCCCCCUCCUCUCCCAGCUAAGUCUCACUCUACACGCAGACCCAUGCAGGUAUACAGGUGUAAACAGGAUGAGGAUGGAGCACAGACAGCAUCACGCUGCACCUCCAACGGCACGUCCUCACCGACACCGUCAAAGACAGCUACACCCGGCAGAAACACACCCACCAAGAGUCUUCAGGUGUCCCAUCUCACCAUCCUGUCAGACCUGCAGGAACUGCCAGCCGCCUCACAGAGCAAAGGCCUCGCGGUUUCCGACGACCCAAGGGCGCGCCCCACGGAGCUGAAACAGAGGCCUGCAGUCGACGCUCAGUACCACUGGGGGGCACUACAGGGCUCCCAGACCCAGCUCAACGCUCCCAUGGUGCAUCACUCUAUCUUGCACCAUCAGGCACCACCCACUGGGGACCCAGCCUACGACACCCUGAGUCUGGAAAGUUCCGAUAGCAUGGAGACUAGCGUUUCCACUGGCAACAACUCCGCUUGUUCCCCGGAAAGCAGCAGUGGCGUGGCAGGAGUGAGACUGGAGGAGAUGGAGAGAAUGUUGAAGGAGGCUCAGCAGGAGAAGGCCAGGCUGGUGGAGAGCCGCGAGAGGGAGGUGCAAGCUCGCCGGCAGCUGCUGGAAGAGGAGAGGAGGAGGCGUGAGGAGCUGGAGAGGAGACUGAAGGAUGAGGCAGAGCACAGACAGAGAUUAGUGGAAGAGGAGGUUAAACUAAGAGAGAAACACUGUGCUCAGGCUCGUCCAAUGACGCGGUAUCUGCCGAUACGGAAGGAAGAGUUUGAUCUCCGUUCCCACGUGGAAUCUUCCGGUCACUGCGUGGACACCUGUCCGUACGUCAUCGUGACAGAGAAGAUGUGCAAAGGUCAUCUCGUCAAAAUGGGCGGAAAGAUCAAAUCGUGGAAGAAGCGCUGGUUCGUUUUCGACCGCCUCAAGAGAACCUUCUCUUAUUACAUCGACAAGCAUGAGACCAAGCUGAAGGGCGUGAUCUAUUUCCAGGCUAUUGAGGAAGUUUACUACGAUCACCUGCGUAGCGCAACAAAGAGUCCGAACCCCUCGCUGACCUUCUGUGUGAAGACUCAUGACAGACUGUACUUCAUGGUUGCCCCCUCACCAGAGGCCAUGCGCAUUUGGAUGGACGUCAUAGUAACAGGCGCCGAGGGUUACACGCAGUUCAUGACCUGA